AUGAAGUGGAGAACAUCCACAGUCUGUAUACUGCUUCUGGCGCUUACCGGGAUUCAAGUUGAUUCAAAGACAGUCUAUCCCAGUAACCAUGUCAACAGCAUCUGUAGCAUGUGGGGAAACUUCCACUUCAAGACAUUUGAUGGAGACGUGUAUCAGUUCCCAGGCACAUGCGAGUAUAACCUGGUGUCUGACUGCCAAAGUCUCAUUCGCCAGUUCUCGGUUCACGUGAAGAGAACAGAACACAGCACUGGCCCAAACAUCAGCAGGGUGUCGAUUACCAUCAAUGACAUUGGUGUUGAGUUGACAGAGAAACAGGUCGUAGUCAAUGGAGAAAAAGUAACGCUGCCUGUGCACAUCGCAGGUAUUCUUGUGGAAGAGAACACAAUUUACACCAGACUCUAUUCCAAAAUGGGUAUCACUGUCAAGUGGAAUAAAGAGGAUGCUGUUAUGGUGGAACUCGACUCCAAAUAUUCCAAUCGCACUUGUGGGCUGUGUGGCGAUUUCAAUGGCGUCCCAGUUUAUAGUGAGUUCAUUGAAUCCGGUUGGAAGGUUGGCUAUGCUGAGUUUGGUAAUAUGCACAGAGUUCCCAACCCAACACAUGCCUGCAAAGAUCCUUCUGAAACCGACGAUGAGCAAAAUGUGGAGAACAAAUGUGAAAAAUUUCAGGCAGAUUGUGCAGACCUUUUGAAGGAUGAAAAAUGGUCUUCUUGUAGCAGGGUUUUGAACCGUGAGCCGUAUAUCAAGGCCUGUACAAAUGAUAUUUGCUUACGUCAACCUGAAGAUGAAGACACCAACACUUCUGCGCUCUGUGCGACGUUGUCUGAAUAUUCACGUCAGUGCUCUCACGCUGGAGGAACUCCGCCGUCCUGGAGAACGGCAAACUUCUGUGCUGUGACAUGCCCGUACAAUAUGGUACAUUCUGAAAGCGGCUCGCCCUGUAUGGACACAUGCUCACACAAAGACACAAACACACUGUGUGAGGAACACAACAUAGAUGGCUGCUUCUGUCCGCCAGGAACUGUGUUUGAUGACAUCUCAAACACGGGCUGCAUCCCAGCAGAAAAGUGUCAGUGCAAGCAUGACCGCAUCUACAGCACAGGAGAGAUCCUACGCAAAGAUGAGGAAGAAUGUAUAUGUGCGGAGGGAAACUGGAUCUGUACGAGUAUUCCCGGCCCUGGCCUGUGCACUGUAGAGGAAGGAUCACACUUCACCACCUUUGAUGGGAAAGAAUUCACUUUCCAUGGAGACUGUAAAUAUGUGCUCUCAAAAGACUGUAAGGAAUCCAGGUUCAUCAUAUUGGGUCAGAUUGUUCCUUGUUUUACUCAUCAAACUGAUACCUGUUUAAAGUCUGUUGUGGUGCUUUUUAACAACGACAUGAAAAAUGCUCUGAUUAUUAAAGCUGACGGGACGGUACAGCACAAUGCAGACGUUACACUUCCUUACAUGACAGCUGAGUUCACGGUGUUCAUGCCGUCAUCGUUUCACAUCAUGCUUCAGACCAGCUUUGGGCUGCAGGUGCAGGUACAGCUGGUGCCUCUUAUGCAGGUGUACAUCACUGUGGACCAAAGCUUCCAGGGCAAGACUUGUGGUAUCUGUGGAAAUUUUAACAAAGUGCUGUCAGAUGAUCUGAAGACCCCUCAGGGAGUGGUGGAGGGUACACCGGUUUCCUUCGCAAACGCCUGGAAGGCCCAGACCAACUGCCCCGACCGUACUGAGAGAAUGGACGACCCCUGUUCCUACAGUAGUGACAGCGAACACUUUGCCGAGCACUGGUGUUCCAAGAUGAAGGACAAGAAGAGCCUCUUUGCCAAAUGUCACGCCACUGUCAAUCCUGACAGCUACUACAAAAGAUGCAAAUACUCCAGCUGUACCUGUGAGAAGAGUGAGGACUGUCUGUGUACGGUGUUCUCCUCAUACUCCCGGGCCUGUGCGGCUAAAGGAAUAUUCCUCCAAGGCUGGCGAGAAAUCGUGUGCGAGAAGUAUACCGAGAAUUGCCCGGCCUCGCAGAACUACUCAUAUCAGCUGCAGAGCUGUCAGCGUGCCUGUUUGUCUCUCGCCUCUGAGCGCCAAAGCUGCAGUGUCGACUUCGUGCCUGUUGAUGGAUGUGCAUGUCCAGAAGGACUCUACCAAGAUGAGAAUGGACUGUGUGUACCUAUGGAAAAAUGUCCAUGUUACCGCAACGGACAGAAAAUUAAUCCCGGCAAGUCUGUCACCAUUAGGGAUGAACACUGUGUUUGCAUGAAUGGAAAACUCCACUGUCGUUCCUGGAAAACCCAAACUCUGGGAUGUUCCUCUCCGAAGGUUUUCUUCAACUGCAGUACAGCAGCCCCAGAUGAACAUGGAUUGGAGUGUGCAAAGACUUGUUUGCAACAGGAAGUUGACUGUUUCUCACUGGACUGUCAGUCUGGCUGCCAGUGUCCUUCAGGUCUGUUGGAUGAUGCCAGAGGACACUGUGUUAAACCGGAUAACUGCCCGUGUAAACAUGAUGGACAGUUUUAUGCACCAGGAUCUAAGAUAACCAUAGAUUGCAAUAAAUGGUCUAGGUCUUUACUGCUGCUUUCUGAUGGGACUGUAACAGCCACUGACACUGGAAGUGGUCCAGAGAUCAAGUACACUGAGAGAAACGUUGGGAUGUACCUUGUCAUUGAUGCUAACAUUGGACUGACAGUUUUGUGGGACCACAAAACCACCGUCCGCAUCAUUCUGCAACCUCAGCACAUGGAAGACGUUUGUGGCCUUUGUGGAAAUUUCAAUGGAAAUGCAAAAGAUGACUUUACCACUCAGGGAAAUUUGCCAACUACAAAUAUAAUGGAGUUUGUGGACAGCUGGAAAGUGUCAAGUAAUUGCCCGGAUGCAAAACCAGACUUUAAUCCAUGCUUUGAGACCCCCAAUCGAGAGACAUGGGCAAAAAUACAAUGUAGCAUCAUCAAGGAUAUCAAGGGUCCAUUCAAAGACUGCCAUAACAAGGUGGAUCAAAACCCAUUUUAUGAGAACUGUGUGAAGGACUCGUGUGCAUGUGACACAGGUGGAGAUUGUGAGUGCUUCUGUACAGCUGUUGCAGCUUAUGCUCAAGCCUGCAAUGAGGCAGGUGUUUGUGUGAACUGGAGAACACCUGAGAUCUGUCCUGUGUACUGUGACUACUACAAUAAUGGAACAGAUGAUUGCACAUGGCAUUACAGUCCUUGUCAUACACCUUGCUACAAAACCUGUCUCAACCCUAAUACCUGCAAUAACAGUUUACCCAACCUGGAAGGAUGUUAUCCAAAAUGUCCUGAGGAUAAGCCAAUUUUUGAUGAGAAAAAUCAGAUCUGUGUGGAGGAAUGUCCAGUGAUAACAACAACAUCUUCCCCUAUAACAACUUCCACAAAGCCUACUACAACUGAAUCAACCACAUCAUCUACCCCUAUACCGACAACUACCACAAAGCCUACUACAACAACACCAACAACACCAGAACCUACCACAUCAUCUACCCCUAUACCGACAACUACCACAAAGUCUACUACUACAACAACACCAACACCAGAAUCAACCACAUCAUCUACCCCUAUGACAACAACAACAACACCAGAAUCAACCACAUCAUCUACCUCUAUACCAACAACUACCACAAAGCCUACUACAACAACACCAACACCAGAAUCAACCACGUCAUCUACCCUUAUACCAACUACUACCACAAAGCCUACUACAACAACACCAACACCAGAACCUACCACAUCAUCUACCCCUAUACCAACAACUACCCCAUUUUCAUCAACAACAGCUGAGACUACGUCACCAUGUAUUAUAUGUGAGUGGUCUGACUGGAUUAAUGUAUAUAAUCCUGCAUUAGGGGGAUAUGACGACUUAGAGACUUAUGGAAACAUUGCAAGAAGUGGAAUAAAGAUCUGUGAAAAGCCAGAACAUAUUGAAUGUAGAGCUGUGGGCGCACCUCACAUGAGCUUUGAAGAUUAUAUUCAUUUACUGUUGUUACAUAUGUACGUCACCAUCAUCACCAACAACAACAACAGAAUCAACCACAUCAUCUACCUCUACUUCAACAACUACCACAAAGCCUACUACAACAACAGGACCUACCCCAUCAUCCACCCCUACACCGACAACUUCCACGAAGCCUACUACAACAACAGCAUCAACCAUAUCAUCCACCCCUACACCGACAACUACCACGAAGCCUACCACAACAACAGGACCUACCCCAUCAUCUACCCCUACACCAACAACUACCACGAUGCCUACUACAACAACAGGACCUACCCCAUCAUCUAUCCCUGCACCUACAACUACCAUGAAGCCUACUACAACAACAGCAUCAACCACAUCAUCUACCCCUAUACCAACGACUACCACGAAGCCCACUACAACACCAACACCAGAAUCAACCACAUCAUCCACCCCUACACCGACAACUUCCACAAUGCCUACUACAACAACACAAUCAACCACAUCAUCUACCCCUACACCAACAACUACCACAAAGCCUACUACAACAACAGGACCUACCCCAUCAUCUACCCCUGCACCGACAAAUACCACGAAGCCUACUACAACAACAGAAUCAACCACAUCUUCCACCCCUACACCGACAACUACCACGAAGCCUACUACAACAACAGGACCUACCCUAUCAUCCACCCCUACACCGAAAACUACCAUGAAGCCUACUACAACAACAGGACCUACCCCAUCAUCUACCCCUACACCGACAACUUCCACAAAGCCUACUACAACAACAUCAUCAACCACAUCAUCUACCCCUAUACCAACAACUACCACGAAGCCUACUACAACAACACCAACACCAGAAUCAACCACAUCAUCCACGCCUACACCAACAACUUCCAUAAAGCCUACUACAACAAGAGGACCUACCACAUCAUCCACCACCACACCAACAACUACCACGAACCCUACCAUGAAGCCUACUACAACAACAGCAUCAACCACAUCAUCCACCCCUACACCGGCAACUACCACGAAGCCUACUACAACAACAGGACUUACGACAUCAUCUACCCCUACACCGACAUCUACUACAAAGCUUACUACAACAACAGGACCUACCACAUUAUCUACCCCAACACCAACAACUACCACAGAGCCUACCACAAAAACAGAACCAACCACAUCAUCUACCCCUACACCGACACCUACUACAACAACAGAAUCAACCACAUCACCUACUUCUAUACCAACAACUACCACAAAACCUACUACAACAACAGAAUCCACCACAUCAUCUACCCCUACACCAACAACUACCACAAAGCCUACUACAACAACAGAAUCAACCACAUCACCUACUUCUAUACCAACAACUACCACAAAACCUACUACAACAACAGAAUCCACCACAUCAUCUACCCCUACACCAACAACUACCACAAAGCCUACUACAACAACAGAAUCAACCACAUCACCUACUUCUAUACCAACAACUACCACAAAACCUACUACAACAACAGAAUCCACCACAUCAUCUACCCCUACACCAACAACUACCACAAAGCCUACUACAACAACAGAAUCAACCACAUCACCUACUUCUAUACCAACAACUACCACAAAACCUACUACAACAACAGAAUCCACCACAUCAUCUACCCCUACACCAACAACUACCACAAAGCCUACUACAACAACAGAAUCAACCACAUCACCUACUUCUAUACCAACAACUACCACAAAACCUACUACAACAACAGAAUCCACCACAUCAUCUACCCCUACACCAACAACUACCACAAAGCCUACUACAACAACAGAAUCAACCACAUCACCUACUUCUAUACCAACAACUACCACAAAACCUACUACAACAACAGAAUCCACCACAUCAUCUACCCCUACACCAACAACUACCACAAAGCCUACUACAACAACAGAAUCAACCACAUCACCUACUUCUAUACCAACAACUACCACAAAACCUACUACAACAACAGAAUCCACCACAUCAUCUACCCCUACACCAACAACUACCACAAAGCCUACUACAACAACAGAAUCAACCACAUCACCUACUUCUAUACCAACAACUACCACAAAACCUACUACAACAACAGAAUCCACCACAUCAUCUACCCCUACACCAACAACUACCACAAAGCCUACUACAACAACAGAAUCAACCACAUCACCUACUUCUAUACCAACAACUACCACAAAACCUACUACAACAACAGAAUCCACCACAUCAUCUACCCCUACACCAACAACUACCACAAAGCCUACUACAACAACAGAAUCAACCACAUCCCCUACCCCUACACCAACAACCAUGAAGCCUACUACUACAACAACACCUACUACAACAAAAUCAACAACAUCACCUACCCCUAUACCAACAACUACCACAAAGCCUACUACAACAACAGAAUCCACCACAUCAUCUACCCCUACACCAAAAACUACCACAAAGCCUACAACAACAGCAUCAACCACAUCAUCAACCCCUACACCGCCUACUACAACAACAGAAUCCACCACAUCAUCUACCCCUACACCAAAAACUACCACAAAGCCUACAACAACAGCAUCGACCACAUCAUCCACCCCUACACCGGCAACGACCACAAAGCCUAUUACAACAACAGGACCUACCACAUCAUCCACCCCCACACCGACAACUACCAUGAAGCCUACUACGAAGCCUACUACAACAACAGCAUCAACCACAUCAUCUACCCCUACACCGGCAACCACCACGAAGCCUACUACAACAACAGGAUCUACCACAUCAUCUACCCCUACACCGACAACUACUACAAAGCUUACUACAACAACAGCAUCAACCACAUCACCUACUUCUAUACCAACAUCUACCAUGAAACCUACUACAACACCAGAACCAACCACAUCAUCUGCCCCAACUCACACAUCAUCUACCCCUACACCAACAACUACCACAAAACCUACUACAACAAAAUCAACAACAUCACCUACCCCUAUACCAACAACUACCACAAAGCCUACUACAACAACAGAAUCCACCACAUCAUCUACCCCUACACCAAAAACUACCACAAAGCCUACUACGACAACAGCAUCAACCACAUCAUCCACCCCUACACCGGCAACGACCACAAAGCCUAUUACAACAACAGGACCUACCAGAUCAUCCACCCCCACACCGACAACUACCACGAAGCCUACUACGAAGCCUACUACAACAACAGCAUCAACCACAUCAUCCACCCCUACACCGGCAACUACCACAUCAUUUACCCCUACGGCAACUACCAUGAAGCCUACCACAACAACAGGACCUACCACAUCAUCUACCCCUGCACCGACAACUACCACAAAUACCACAAAGCCUACUACAACAACACCAACAACACCAGAACCUACCACAUCAUCUACCCCUACACCAACAACUACCACAAAGCCUACUGCAACAACAGAAUUAAUCACAUCAUCUACCCCUACAACUGCCACAAAGCCUAUUACAACAACAGCAACAACAGAAUCACCUACCCCUAUACCGACAACAACAACAAAGCCUACUACAACAAAAUCAACCACAUCAACCACAUCACCCACAACAACUACCACAAAACCUUCUACAACACCAACACCUACCACAUCAUCUUCCCCUACACCAACACCUACCACAAAGCCUACUACAUCAACAACAGAAUCAACCACAUCACCUACUCCUACUCCUGCAUCUACUCCUACAAAAACGCCGCCACCAACGAGACCUUCUUCUUGUGUAACUGCACCAUGGCGAGGUGCAUACAAGACAACAUCAUUGAAAUUAUCCCAUUUGAAUGCCCUCCACUGCAGUACAUCACCUGUGAAAAUGGAAGAAAACCAGUGCUUGUCUAUGAUGAACACCACUGCUGCCAAUAUUAUGCAUGUGACUCUUACUACAACAACAGGAUCUACCACAUCAUUUACCCCUACGGCAACUACCAUGAAGCCUACCACAACAACAGGACCUACCACAUCAUCUACCCCUGCACCGACAACUACCACAAAGCCUACUACAACAACAGAAUCAACCACAUCACCUACUUCUAUACCAACAACUACCAUGAAAUCUACUACUACAACAACAGCAACAACACCAAAAUCUACCACAUCAUCUACUCCUAUACCGACAACUACCACAAUGCCUACAACAACAGAAGCAACCCCAUCACCUUCCCCUAUACCGACAAGUACCACAAACCUACUGCAACAACAGAAUUAAUCACAUCAUCUACCCCUACAACUGCCACAAAGCCUAUUACAACAACAGAAGCAACCCCAUCACCUACCCCUAUACCGACAACAACAACAAAGCCUACUACAACAAAAUCAACCACAUCACCCACCCCUAUAACAACAACUACCACAAAACCUUCUACAACACCAACACCUACCACAUCAUCUUCCCCUACACCAACACCUACCACAAAGCCUACUACAUCAACAACAGAAUCAACCACAUCACCUACUCCUACUCCUGCAUCUACUCCUACAAAAACGCCGCCGUACUACUGUCCUGAAUGGAACAAAAACACCAACGAGACCUUCUUCUUGUGUAACUGCACCAUGGCGAGGUGCAUACAAGACAACAUCAUUGAAAUUAUCCCAUUUGAAUGCCCUCCACUGCAGUACAUCACCUGUGAAAAUGGAAGAAAACCAGUGCUUGUCUAUGAUGAACACCACUGCUGCCAAUAUUAUGCAUGUGACUGCUUUUGUGAAGGCUGGGGUGACCCACAUUAUGUCACAUUUGAUGGACAAUUCUACAGUUAUCAAGGAAACUGCACUUAUAUAUUAAUGAAGGAAAUUAGGCCUCGAUACCAUUUGGAGAUCUACAUCGACAGUGUCUACUGUGACCCUGUUGAGCAUGUAUCCUGUCCCAGAUCUAUUAUUGUGUCUUACAACAAACUAGUCAUAAAUCUUACGAAUAACAAUCUCAUAGGAGACCUAAAGGCUUUUGAGAACAAUAUAAAGUUACGGCUGCCAUAUGCUCGUAAUGAUGUGAGAGUUAUAAGCUCAGGCCUAGACUUGAUCCUGAGUAUUCCACAGCUGGGUGUUAAUAUAACAUUUGGAGCUACUGGCUUUGGCAUCAAUUUGCCAUUUGAGCAUUUUGGAAACAACACACAAGGUCAUUGUGGAACAUGCAACAACAACAAGGCUGAUGACUGCAUGAUCCCUGGAGGGAUCUUGGUGGACGACUGUGCAGUGAUGGCGGAUUACUGGCCAGCCAUUGGGGCGAAUGAUGAAAUUUGCACUCCACCAACUGCAUUACUUUCUGUCUGGGAUAAUAAAAAACUUACAUCUAAGCCUUGCCAGGCUCAUCCUGACUGCAACCUCCUUGAUAGCGAGUUGUUCAAAGCGUGCCAUUCCCAUAUAUCCCCCAAAAACUUCUUUUUAGCAUGUGAAUAUGACAGUUGUCAUAUGAGUAACCCUGCUGUGGUGUGUACCAGUCUUCAGACAUACGCAAGGGCUUGCUCUCAAUUAGGGAUCUGCAUACACUGGAGGAACUACACUUACCUUUGCAAUAUUGAAUGUCCAGCAGAUAAAGUUUUCAAUCCUUGUGGUCCAGCUGAGCCACCAACCUGUGCUGAUAUACCUGAACAGAACACCAUUACAAUGCCCACAGAGGGCUGCUUCUGUUCUGAGGGCACAUUACUCUUCAACAAGAAUACAGACGUUUGUGUGAACAAAUGUGGAUGCCUGGAUGCCUCUAGAACACCACGGGAGUUCGCUGAGGUUUUCGAGUACAACUGUGAGGAGUGUAUCUGUGAUAAGGCCAGCAAAUCAGUGACCUGUAAACCCAAAACGUGUCCCGAUGUCAACCCUGAGAUCUGCACUGAGCCCGGCUUUGUGCUGGUCAACGUCACCAAUCCUUCAGACCCAUGCUGCAGUAAACAAGUUUGCAACUGUGAUGUCAGCAUGUGCCCACCUAUGGAUAAAAAGUGUGCAGUCGGAUAUACGCCAGUCCUGGAAGUCCCUGAUGGAAAAUGCUGUCCAGAAAUCAAAUGCGAGCCAAAGAAAGUGUGCGUUCACAAAAAUAUGGAAUAUAAGCCUGGUACCAACAUCCCCGUCGUUGACUGUCGGGAAUGCAGCUGUACAUGGGACGUGGAUCCUAAAACGCAGUUGUUCAAUAUCAAAUGUGGAUCUGUGCAGUGCAAUGAGAAAUGUGAUCCUGGUUAUGGAUAUGUUAAAACGACCUUUGACGACUGCUGUGGAAAGUGUGUGCAAACUCACUGCAUCGUCAAUAACAAUGGCGUCGAUAAAAUACUGAAGGAAGGAAAGACUUUGCACACUGCAAAUCAGGGCUGUGACAGAAUCACGUGCAUUAAAGUCAAUGGACAGUUCAUCACCAACAAAUACACAGUCCAGUGCCCUCCUUUCAACAUUUCCAACUGCAAGCCUGGCACCGUUCAGCGGUCACCUGAUGGCUGCUGCCAUGUUUGUGUGGACAAAAUUAAGGGAUGUCAAGUACAGACCAGUCGCGAUUACAUAAAUCACAAUGACUGUCAGUCAGAGAAGAGAAUGGACCUGACAUUUUGUAGUGGAGACUGUACCCGUUUUAGCAGGUACACUGAACCUGGAUUGUCCUCUUGUAGCUGUUGCCAGGCCACUCGCUCAAGUAAUCGCACAGUGAAUCUUGGUUGCGUAAACGGACACAUAGUAACUCACACAUACAUCCAUGUGGAGGAGUGUUCCUGCAGCAAAGCUAACUGUCAUAGAGCAGGAGCGGGCCACACACUCGCUGAAGACAGCCAAAGAAAACGUAGCUUCGGACGUCCGUGAGCAGCAGCAGUGAAUCAUCCACUCGAAGACUCUGAAAUACGAAUUCUUUGAGAAACUUUGUUUGGAAAUUAAUUUAAAUUGCACAUGCUUUAACAUUUCUUAAACUUUAUCUAUAGAGCUUUUCUUUUUUCUUCGUUGGAUAAAUAUGUACUGUUUUGCUUGCUUGAAAUUAAAAGCAAUUAA